CCAUGGUUUAUGACGUGACGUGGCGAUCGCGAACAAUAAUUGAUGACGUGAAUGGAUCAGCUGCUGAGCUUGAGUAGACGAAGGGAUAGACGCGCGUUGUAAAUAGGAUCGUGAGUGGCAUCAAGAUCCAGAAAGAUUUAAGUUGGACCAUUGAUGGAGAAAUCAUCCUUUUUAAAGAAGGAUAAUGCAUCAUGGAUUUUCAAUCUGCACUGUCUUUAUCUGCAACCAUUUCUACCAUUGGUCUGUUUUUGACUGGCAUACAAAUUUGCAUGAAGAUCAGAUCACAGGGUAAUACCAAGAACAUCUCCAUUUUCCCAUUCAUCGCAGGUAUCAUAAACACAGUGUUAUGGACCAAGUAUGGUGUACUGAUAAAGGAUCAGACAGUCAUUUUUACCAAUGGAGUUGGUAUUAUUCUUCAAACGGUUUACACACUUGUCUAUUACUUAAACACAAAUGAUAAGAAGAAUGUGCAUUCCAAGCUCCUAUACACAAGCCUGAUCUUGUAUCCAACACUAGGGGCUGUGAAAUUCAUGGACAUAUCAGCAGCAACAGCCAUUCACUACAUAGGCUUAGCAUCCUCAUUCGCAACAGUACUCAUGUAUGCAGCACCUCUUAGUGUAGUGGCUCAGGUCAUCAAAACCAAAAGUACUGAGGCCCUCCCCUUUCCUCUAUCAUUUGUGGGAUUGCUAGUAUCGUUGCAGUGGUUCUUGUAUGGACGUCUUGUCCAGGACUCAUUUAUUCAGAUUCCCAACUUCAUGGGUCUGCUCCUGGGCGCAUUUCAAAUGUCUCUCUUUAUUCGAUAUCCUGGCCCCUCUCGGAAAUACGACCUCUCGGGACCAUCGAGUGUCAUUUGAAGGACUCGCUUAGAUAGCAAUGAAAAGUAAACAGUAACACUCACGGAGGAAACCGGUUUUAUCGGCUUUCUCUCUCUGACACCAAGAAUCUUGAAGUUUCUAUUCCUUGAUUCAUCCAUGUGCAAUGACGGUAGAGGUUGCAAAAAGCAGGCGGGGAUCGAAGAGACGAAUCAUGUGUGCUAUUGUAUUCUCAGCAAAGCAUUUAACCUGUUGCCAACUGGAACUGGUUGCAAACUGUACAAGGUCUAUGGGAAUUACAGAAUUCAGUAUUCAGCGGGUUAAUCUUACUCCAUGUGCUUGGUCGCAUCCACUUUUGAAUUCGGCCAGAGGCAGCUUCAUUAGCCCUGUGAGUCAUCAGUUAAAGCGCUUGAACAUGAUAGUGACAUUUGAUGGGGGGUUGGAUGAUACCCCCUCCCCUUGAAUUUUGAAUUUUAUACAACAGCAUUAGAGAAAUAAUCAUCCUAGAGUGACCAAAAAUCUUAUAAAAUAACCUUGAAUGAAAUGUACUGUAGUUGCUGUUAAGACAACUUCUAAAAAAACCUGGGUAAGAUGGUGUUCAUGCUAUACUGCGAGUAUGUUUAAUGUUAAAUAAAUAAAAAAGAAUGUGUCUCUCCCGGCCUCCCUUCUCUCGUUACUAAUCAUUAGAUUUUGCAUGGCCAUGUGUAAGGGAGACAAACAUGAAUUA